AUGUGGGUUCUUUGCAGGAAGCUCCAACUGCUCAAAAUCUCCCUUAAAGGCUGGAAUCGGUCCAUUUUUGGUAUUGUAUCGCAGAAUGUUUUGCUGGCGGAAGCAAACUUGGAGAAAACUCAGGCUCAGAAUUUGUCUACAGGGAUGGAUGAAGCCUUCCUUAAGCAAGAAUUGGAGGUGCAAGAUGCUCUCAAUAGUGCUCUAAAUAUGGAGGAAGCCUUUUGGAUGGAAAAACCGCGUCUUAAGUGGCACCUUGGAGGAGAUCGUAACACUGUUUUUUUCAUCGAGUUUCUAAAAUUUGAAACUCCCUCAAACCUAUCUCUGUUCUGA